GUAGUGGAGUUGAUGAUAUUUUCACUCUGUUUGUCAAUAAUGGGAAGUCGAUUGAGUUUCUUAAAAAUAAGAUUCGAGCUAAUCAAUAUAAUUUAAAUGAAUUUGAUCUUUACAAAAAGAAUUUUUUUCAAUCAAAUAAUGCUUUAGUCAGUUCAUUAAAAAAUCCUACCACAUCUGAUAAUAGAGAGGAACAACUUAUAAAUCCACAAAAAAUAAUUUCUGAGUAUUUUAUUGUCUUAGACAUCCACGCUCUUAGAACAAAUCCCUCUUAUCUUUCAAAAGAUGGUAAAAUAGGUCCUAUAAAUGUUAUUAUCUACCCCUCUGCUGAAUAA